AUGCGCUUAUUGAGAUUGACGUUCCUUACUUAUAUCAAGCUUGUCGUGUUGCUGUUUCUGGCGUUGCUUGGAUAUCUCUUGUACUCUACUAAUUUUGAGUGGCCAAAAGUUCUGCUUACUCCUACAGAACAGUCCGAGUUGUCUAUUGAAUAUAGACCAUACCAUCAGUUUAUUGACCCGAAACUAUCGCUAGAGGAGAAAUGCCGUGCUUAUUUCACUCAUUUGUUCAAGGAGCAGCCGGAUUGGACGUUGACGCCAAAACUAGGCGAAUCAUUUUCUCAUGCAGAGAAGACCAAAUCUCAAGACUUGGUCCAUUUGAAUCUCUACAACCAUUGCUACAUGUCUAACGAUUUUGCCAUUGUGCCGGAAUGGGACGAAAAGAUGUACCCAUAUUUGAGCAGGAAGCUUCCUGUGUUUCAGCACUGGAGCGGUGUGCAGAGCUAUGGGAAGCCAGAGAAAGGAGAUGCAAAGAUAGACGAGCUCAGUGUGGAUAGCUACAAACGCCAGGGGGUGAGCAUGGAACCGGUGGAUAAAGGAGUCCCCUUUUGGAGGUAUUUCAAGGCAAACCUUGAAGGUAGAGGUAUUAUUGUCUCAUUGUCGGACAAUUAUGUCAAGGAAGCAACUAAGUUAAUUGGCAAUUUGAAGGCUUUGAGUAAUACGUUGCCUAUUCAGUUUUUCCACCGGGGUGACUUGUCCAAUGAUGGGAAACUGAAGUUGACACAGGCUUUGAUGAAGAACAACGAGCAACCUUUGUUUGAUAUCUGGUUUGUAGAUGUUUCACCAUGCUUGAAUGAGGAAUACAAGGGUUCUUUUGGAAGUUUUUUUAAUAAAAUGCUAGCCUAUGGAUUCAAUACUUUCAAAGAAGUGGUCUUAUUAGAUACCGAUGUUGCUAUUUUCAAGUCUUUGGAGGAUUUGUUCAAAACUAAAGUGUAUAAAGAGGCAAAUACUUUGUUUUUCAAAGACAGAAGUGCAGAACUAAGAUUAGGUGAGGAUUAUUAUCAGUUUAUCCAAGAUACCGCUCCUUCAUUAAUCGACCAUCAAAUUUUCAACAUGCCUUAUAUUAGUCCUAAGCACUUUGAAAGUGAAUAUUUUGCAGGUAGAUAUUUCCACUAUAUGGAGGCAGGUCUCUUCUUGAUUAACAGGGAGUUAUAUUGGAAUGGGGUAUUGAUGGCCCUAUGGCUAUCCAAUGUCGAGCCAUUUAGAGCUGCAACUUGGGGAGAAAAAGAACAUUUUUGGCUGGGGUUGGUGAUGUCCGGGUUUGAUAAAUACAAGUUCGAUGAUUAUUGGACUGGUAAUGUUGGGAAACUACUGCUAGCUGAAGGUGGUGAUCGUUACAAAAUUUGUUCUGCACAUCCUGCACAUGCCCUUGCCGAAACGAAUGAGUUAAUUUGGUUGAAUUCUGGUAUUACCAAUUGUCAUAAAAUGUCUGACGAUAUGCUACGUGACGAUAUUGAACAUGUAUCUGAUAUUGGCGUUGAUAUAAAGAGUAAAGAAGAAUUGAAUAAAUACUAUAAACAAGCAGUUGACUUUGAUGCUUUUAUUAUCCCCCCGGAUUACAAACCUGGGAGUGAAUUCCCACCAACAGACGGAGUUAGUCUCUGUAAUAGAUACUACUAUUGUGUUUAUGAGGAAAUUGGACAAGAGCCCGAUCAAAAGGGUAAAAAAUGGGAAUUCUCCGAAUCCCAAAUCGAGUGGUAUAAAAAUGUUGCUGAGAAGUAUCUAUCUGCAUAG